AUGAACAUAAACGGAGUAAAAAAAUACAGAAAAGUGACGAAUGGACAAAAAUGGUUGGGUGUUGCGGAACCUGGUAAGCGGAAGGGGUGGAACAGGGGAGAAGGUGUCUGCAGCGGCGUCCGGCGCGAUGGUGGUGCACGGCGUCACGGUGGCGGCGGAGGGGGGAUAUUACGGUUAGUGAGAGAGGAAGAGGAUAGGGGAGGGGAGGGUGGUGGUUGCUGCUGGCUGAAGGGGGUGGGUGGCGGAGAGGGGGGCGCGGCGGGUUGGCCGGCGGUGGAGGGCGGUGGCUGCGGUUGGCAGUGGUGGAGAGGGGGGAAGAGAGGAAGAAGGAAGAAGAGAGAAGGGGAGGGGGAUGGUACGGCGGUGGCAUCUGGGCGGCGGCGGCGUCGGGGUGGUGGCGUGGCGGCUGGCCGGCGGUGGCUGGGGGAAGAAGAAGAGAGAAGGGGAAGAGGGUUAGGGGUGAAGGGGGGGCUGCGCGACUGA